UUGACAAGUCACGUAGGACGUCCAAGCGGUUCAAAGAGGAAGGAAGAUGGCGGAUAACAAAGGCGUCGGAGAUAUGGAACCGUCCCCAAACCCGGGGCUUCCUCCUUCACCUCAAGGCAACGUACAGCCGGAGACCCAACCCAAAAUUGCACCUGCAGCCAUAGAGGGCGAGACAAAAGAAACGGAAAAUACCGGGCCGCGUGGUCCCGCUCACGAGGUGACAACAGCCACCGGCGAAAGAGGCGAUGAGAUUAGCACCAGCAAUGUUAGCGGCAGGGUUAGCGCUAGCCCCAUGGAUGCCAGCCCAAGCAACGCCGAACCGAGUCCCGCCGAAGCCCCGGUCGUUGGCGAUACCAUAGGCAGCGCACUCGCCUCGGAAAUGUCCCCACCACCCACGGCCCCGCCAAUCACACCGGUUCAGAUUCCCAUUAAUUUAUUGGAUACGUGCGCAGUGUGUAAACAAAGUCUGAAGAGCCGAGAAAGCGACCCAAAACUUCUACCUUGCCUGCACUCAUUUUGCCUGAAAUGUCUCCCGCAACCUGACAGACAGGUCAGCGUGCAGAUGAAGGGACCACACGGGCAAAUCAACACACAAAUAGUCAACGUUAUGCGAUGCUCAGUGUGCCACCAGGACUACAAAGAAGUUGAUAUGGUUGACAACUACUUUGUUAAAGAUACUCCAGAGGCGACCAGUAAAUCAGACGAAAAGGCUGCACAGGUAUGCACAAGUUGCGAUGACAAUGCUGGAACCAUAGGCUUUUGCGUGGAGUGUGGAGAAUGGCUGUGUAUUACUUGUGUGGAGGCGCACCAGAGGGUCAAAAUUACCAAAGACCACAAGAUUCGCACUAAAGAGGAUCCUAACACAGAGUCUGUAGGAGCAUCUGGACAGAGGCUGUUUUUUUGUCCCAUCCACAAGCAAGAGCCACUAAAGCUUUUCUGCGAGAGCUGUGACAUUCUGACUUGCCGGGACUGCCAGCUGCAGGAGCACAAGGAGCAUAGGUAUCAGUUCCUGGAGGAAGCUUUUCUUAACCACAAAAGUAUCAUUGAGACAACCAUGACCAAAAUAAAAGAGAAGAAACCCCAUGUCAAUUUCUCAAUAUCUGAAGUACAAAACAGGUUAAAAGAGCUGACUGAAACCCAUAGAAAGGUUGAGCAUGAGAUCAAGAUUGCAGUGUUUACUUUGAUAAAUGAAAUUAACAAAAAGGGCAAGUCUUUACUACAGCAGCUGGAGAAUGUGACCGAAAAGCGCAGUGCCAGGCUGGUAGCCCAGCAUAAGGAUAUCACCCAGCUCGCUCAGCAGAUCCACCAUGCGCUGACCUUUUGCCAAUGGGCCAUCUCGAAGGGCAGCAGCACAGCACUGCUGUAUAGCAAGAGGCUGAUUCUAUACCAGCUCCGCAACCUCUAUAAGGCAAAAUUGGACCCAGUGCCUGUGUCCAACAGAGAAGUGCGAUUUCUCUGUGACCCAACCUUCUGGGCCAAAAAUGUGGUAAAUCUAGGUAAUCUGGUAACCGAGAAGCCGCCACCUCCGCAUCCACCCAGUAUGAUGGGUGGUGGUGCUCCAAUUUCACCAGGCCAUGGUCAACAUGGUCAAACUCAAGGUCAGAUCAAUUUGGCCCAGCUUCGUCUACAGCACAUGCAGCAGGCAGCCUUUGCACAGAAGCAGCAACAUCUCCAGCAACAGCAGCAGCAGCAGCAGCAGCAACAACAACAGCAGCAGCAGCAGCAGCAGCAGAUGCAGCAACAGUUGCGCCUCGUUUCACAAAUGCCCCAGCAACAUAACAGACAGAUGGUCCCAUCCAUGGUUCAGCAGCAGCCUCCCAGGCUCAUCAGUUUGCAGCAGCACCCAAGAAGUCAAAUGGUCCUAAAUGGCGGGCCUGUUCCCCCCAUGUACUCCUCGUCCCACAAUAUGCGUCUACCGGGCCCACCACAGGGCCGUAUUGCAACAGGUCAGCCGAGAUACAAUGGACAACAGUAUCCCACCAUGAUGCAGCCUCACCUGCAGCGGCAAAUGUCGUUAGAAUCUGAGAUGAGCCACCAAAGGUUUCGUUUCUUACUGCAAUCUGGGCAUUCCAACCCAGGCCAUGCAGGCCCCUUCCCAGUGGCGUCGGGCCACACAGCAAACCCCACGAGUCCCACCAGCGCCAGCAUGGCGGGACCACAUUCUCAUCAAGGCCCUGCGAACCCUGUCAUCAGUCCCAUUGAGCUCAUCCCUUCAGUCACCAACCCAGAAAACUUGCCCUGUCUACCGGAGAUCCCGCCCAUUCAGCUAGAGGAUGCGGGUUCGAGCAACCUUGGCCACCUCCUGACUCGCUACAUCACAGCCAGCACACAACAGCAGUUGGGUUCGUUGGACAUGAACCCUUCCCCUGGACUUUCGCUGCACUCGCCUGGAUCGUCAGGUCUUUCAAAUGCACACACACCAGCGCGACCCUCCAGCACAUCCAGCACAGGCAGCAGAGGCAGUUGUAGCUCUGCAGGGAGAACACCAGAAGGUGGAGGCACUGUGGAACCUGUUCGGGUCAAACAAGAGCCUGGAACAGAUGACAAUUACAGGUGUCCGAGUUCUUCUACAAAGGCGGAGCAAGGUCAAGACUCUGGGAGGAGUGCUUGCAUGAUGAACAGUCCUCUAAGCAACUCAAAGGAAAAUAUUAAAUCGGAGCUCCAGUCUGGGUCCUCUUGCUCUGGGCUCAACGGCUGUAGUACACAGCUAACCAACGGAAAGGGGGCAUCAUCUACGACAGGCAAUCCUGAUGGGAAAGAUGAUGACCCUAAUGAAGACUGGUGUGCUGUUUGCAACAAUGGCGGCGACUUGCUGUGCUGCGACCGCUGUCCCAAAGUGUUCCACAUGAAAUGCCAUGUGCCCACCAUUAAAAUCUUCCCCAGCGGGGAUUUUCUGUGUACAUUCUGCCGGAGUAUUUCAAAUCCUGAGAUGGAGUACUGUGACGACAAUAAGAAAGUUGGUGGAGAUGGUGUUCUUAAUCCUGAGGACCAGAGGAAAUGUGAGCGCCUCCUAUUGUAUAUCUUCUGUCAUGAGCUGAGUGUGGGCUUCCGGGACCCUGUCCCGAACUCUGUGCCAAACUACUACAGAAUCAUCAAGAAACCUAUGGACUUGAAGAAAGUGAAGAAAAAGCUGCAACUACGAGACGCCCAGUACUACAAGUCCAUCCAGGAGUUUGUGUGUGACAUGCGCACGAUCUUCCAAAACUGCGCAAAGUACAAUGAGAUGUCUCGAAUAAUCCAAGUUUAUGCUGAGGAGAAAGCGAUUAAUACGCAGGACGGAUCAGAGAUGGCCGUCUCUGGUAAGGCGGUGAGUGUCUACUUUGAGGAAAAGCUGCAGGAGAUCUUUCCGGGACAGAGCUUCCCUGAACCGCCUGAGGGGGAAGCCGGGGACACAAACGAGAAGGAGAAGGAGAGGGAGAGAGAGGAGGAGGAAACCGAGGACUCUGACGAUGACUUCAUUCCCCGAAGUAAACGGUUAAAAACAGAUGACAAGGUUUUCCACAUCAAGUGAGGAGAGAAGCUGUCUUUUUUUUUUUUCUGGUUUCAUGAACAUUUCACAGUUUGCCUUUUCAGAUUUUCAAGUUGGAUUAUUUUGGACAGUUGUCAAGGACUUUUCUUUUUUUUUUUUGAGAGAGCAAGCAUUUUCAUUUGUAUAUAUGUUGUGACAAUUUGUUUAUAAAACAGCCCUAUCUUAGUUUAUAACUUGGAAUCUUUCAAGUGUACAGUAUACUUGAUCACUUUGAGUGUAUAUUAAAAUCUAGCACACUGAAUGGAGGUAUUCCUGCAGUAUUCUCGAUUGGGUGCAUCUUCAACUGAAAAAAUGUAUUAAAGGAAAUAUAUGUUGUGAAAUUGA